AUAAUAAUGAUGGAAGCAAUACAGGGUGCUAUUCUAAAGCGAUCCUGUUUAUUCAUCAUUUUUAUCUUUCAGCCAAUCUCAGGACAAUUUGCUCAGGGUAGUGGAAUUCAAGUCAAGAUUUCAGACAUGCCAUUUCCUGUAUCAAAUGCGCAACAACUUAACCAAAUUGUGUGGACAAUGCUAGGCACUGCCACUAAGGAAACAAUUUAUUGUGUAUCCGAAGCACCUGUAUCACAAUUACGCUUUGUUUGCGCAGAUUGUUAUCAAAAGAACAUUACAGAUAUGGUUAAUGUCUUAAGCAGUGCUCAAGACUUGACUCGUAGUGCUGGAUUUCCCACUGUAGCAUUACGUGGUAUACCAGUAAAUACCAACUGGACCGGCGCAACAAUUAUGUGCCAGGCGGUACUAAAUGGUGGCACUAUAGAUUCAGCUCCGGCUAUAGUUGAUGUUCGGUAUCUUAAACAACCACACGUUGUAGAUACCUCAGGCCAAGGGCCAGUAUUGAUUGCUAGUCAGGGUUACCGAUUCUAUGUGGAAUGUAUACGUACUAGUGAUGGCUUAUGUCAACAGAGUGGUCGACGAAAAACAUUGCGUUGCGCUGUACAAUCGCAUCCACCAGCUACGGUAUUCCGGUGGCUUAAGAAUGGUGUAGUUAUCAGUGGUAAUGGUGCUGAUAUAACAAUUGGCACUGAAAUGAUCGGUCAGUCAAUUCAGUGUUCUGCUAAUAAUGGCCUUUUUUCCGAUAAUGAAAUGCCCACCUCACAAGCUGUACAAAUUGAUCCAUACACAUCAGCUCGCUUAGUACAAGAUAAUUUCCAAACAAUGCAAAAUGCUGCACCAUUUCAAGCCGGUAAUCGUAUAGAUAUGAACCAACAGAUCAAUCUUGGUUGCCAGGUAGAGGGUAAUCCGAGACCGGUUGUUUUCUGGAAGUUAAGGAAAUCCAAUGGUCAAGUAGUUGAUGCCGCUUGUCCUCAGGGUUUUGAAGGCCAGUAUCAAGAGGUGCCCUUAGAUCAACGUAGUCCUUCUGGGCUUAUUACUAAUAUUCGCCUCAAUGCUAUUUGUUCACUACGAAUAGCAAAUUACACAUUUUCUGGACAGUACUGGUGUGCUGCAUGCUCGUUUGUUUCACAAGGUGCUCCAGAAUGUUCACCUUCAUUAGAUUCACCUGGUAGCACAUAUUUAAAUUUGCAAGUGCAAGGGCCACCAACGCAAUCAGACAAUCCGGCAUCCAUUCAAAAGCUUCAUAAUUCAAACAGCGUGAUUGUUACUGUGCAUUAUUGCGCAGAACCGCCUCCUAAACUACCACGUGAUGUCGUAUUUUCUGUGGAUCAAAAUGAACUUCAAAUCGGACAAACAUGGCAAAAUUUCCGAUUUGAAGGCACUACUGAAAACAAUACCGUACCAAAUUGUCACUUAGCAAAAUUACUCAUUGCAUCUGUGUCUGAUUCAGAUACCAAUCGACAAGUUGUUCUAAAAGUACAAAAUACAUAUGGUAGUAAGCAUAUUCUGGUACCAUUGGGCACAUUAUUUGGUGGUCAGUCAUCUAAUACUGCAUCAUUUCCUAGCUGGCUUAUGGCACUCCUAAUAAUAAUUGUUUUUGCUUCGUUACUAUCAUUGAUAGUUAUAUUUUGCAUUAAGAAGAAUCUAUUCUGUUUCAGAAGAGUAAAACCGAUAGGAAAUUCGAUGGAUGACAAAAAGAAGAAAACAAACAUGCGUGAAAUAUACCGAGAAAGCGGCCCUCGGUCGCUAUACCAAGCAUCAGGCCAACCAGCCGAGUGUCCGCUAGAUUAUGAGUCCGCGGUGCAAGCAGCUUAUUGUGAUUCUCGAAUGUCUUCUGUUUAG